AUGGGCUGGGAUCUGUUCGAUGUCUGGGGCAAUCAGACCGUCAUGAGCAAUGCGGUGGCCAGCCAAGUCCCGAACGGAAUUUUGGCGGUGGCCAAUGCCACGGGUUACUACAACGCGAGCGACACGAGCUGGGCGGAAGCACUCAACCACUGCAGACCAAUCCGCUCUUGUUCGGUACGCCCGCUGGGAGCGUCCAAGGUGGAGGAACCCUCUGCAAAUAUACCCAGACAUGGAAUCCAGAUGUGGAGGCUACGGCCUCAAGGCGGAACGCCGAAAAGAGGUGAACUGUAA